AUGCGGAUUCCAAAGUCAAUAGGAGCUGUCAUCCCUCUCCUCGCCUGCCUUUCUUCAUCCAUACUCAUAUCUGCGUUCUCCACGCCAUCACCAUCAACCUCAGCACCAACCUCGACAUCGACGUCCAGUGCGUUAGCGGAGUCAAUGACUAUAUCGAAAAUCCCGAUUUAUGUUGGCGGUUUCUUUCCGAUCGAGGGCCAUUGGGCCCACGAGCUUUUACCCAGAACAGUCCAAACGGCCAUUGACCACGUGAAUGAGUUACCAGGAAUCCUCGAUGAUUAUGAAUUACGCAUGCGCUGGAAUUGGACCAUGGGAAGUCCGGCCAACGCGCUCCGUCUCCUACACGACUUCGUAUCCUCUGGUCCGCCUGUCUUGAUGACUUGGGGACCGAUGUUCUCUUCCGUAGCCACCGUGGUCAACGAAAUCGCUCCCGAGUACAACAUCGUUCAGGUUGUGACUGCUGGUUCUAGCACCUUGAAUGACCGCACCCGUUACCCCCUAACGGUCCGGAUCUCAGGUGAUGAAGACCUUCUCAACCCAGCCAGGACGGCUUUCAUCAAGGCGAUGGGAUGGACUAGAGUAGCCAUCAUCUUUGAGGACACAGACUACUUCAGAGAGCGACACGAUGCUCGAGUUAUAUUCGCUGGAUUUCUGCCCGAUCAGGCUCUCAUUGUUUUCUGCAAGAUCUUUCAACAAGGUCUAUACGGGUCAAAGUUCGUCUGGAUCAUACCCGGAUGGUUUGAGAGCGGAUGGUGGAGAAAUCCUGACCCGGAAAUAGUUCCAUGUACUUCCGAGGAGAUGGAAAUGAUGCUGCAAUAUCACAUUGGGUUCGAUGGAGAUCAGUUUGUUUCCGAUGUCGAGGAGAUCAGCUUUAAUGGCGUCAAACCACUACCUCAUCACCUGGAAUACUUACGCGCACUGCAUGAGAUGGACGAUAAUUCCCGUGACAUCUAUGCCUAUGACAACCUCAUUACCAUGGCGCUUAUACUAAACUCAUCUAUAGCUGAUGUGGAACAACUGCCUGGUUACAGUGAUGGAGAUAAACUGAGACCCACAAGACUGGAUGACUUUACUUACAGCGACACAGAUAUGGACAAGGUAGAGAUUGAACGGGAGGGAAUCAGGAAUUCACCAGUCAAUGUUGAGCAGUUCAUUGGGUCGACGGUAUUUAGGAUCCUGAAUUAUUCGGAUAAGAAUGGAACAUUGCAUUCGGUGGAGAAUAGAUCGAUCAGAUGGGCAGAUGGCAAGCGCCCUGUUGAUGGAAUCACAUACCAACCGAUUGAUGAGACAGUUUCUUCGACUGUUCGGAUUAUCUUCUACUCGCUGUCUGGUGUGGGGAUAGUUUUAUCCCUCAUCUUCUUCUCACUCAAUGUUCAUUACAGGGAGUACAGAACGAUCAAGAUAUCAAGUCCGACACUCAACAACCUGAUCGUUUUCGGUUGUCUGAUGCUCUAUGCAGCUAUCAUCAUUCCUGGGCUUGACAAGUCGUCUUACAGUGAGCCCAAAAUCGUCGUUCUUUGUCACGUUCAAACUGGCCUCAUCAGUGUUGGCAUUUCUCUGUCGCUGGGGGCUCUCUUCGGUAAGACGUAUCGCAUCCAUGCAAUCUUCAAAAAAGCGGUGGAAAGACUCCAGAAGAUUAACUUACCCGAUUCUAAGCUCAUCCUUGGCGUCUUUGCAUUGGUGUUCGCUGACAUUAGUAUUAUCAUGUUCCGAGUGGUGCUUGAUGACGUUCAUGUGACGUCACACUGUCUUGACGCCCAGCUGGACAUGACUGAUCCGAGGCAAGAGAUUUAUUUUGAACCGACUGUUCGAAUGUGCGAAUCUACCAAUCAAAUCUUCUUUCUGAUCAUCAUGUUCGGUAUCAAAGGCAUCCUUGUAAUGUUCGGCAUUUUUCUUGCUUGGGAAACUCGAGAUGUCGCCGUCUCCGAUUUGAAUGACAGUAAAUACAUCGCCUUCUCCGUGUAUACGGUGGCGGUGACAUUGGCGGUAGCCGUCCCCACGAGCUACCUGUUCAUGUACCAAGUCGAUCGCCGUUUCAUCAUCUUUAGCUGUGCGGUUCUCUUUGCUAACACCACCGUGUUGUGUCUGGUAUUUGUACCCAAGAUUCGGCCACUCUGCUCCUGUACCCUUGGCAACCGUGACAUGAUGAAGAAAACCGAGACGUCGUCUGCUAGACCUAAGUCAUCUUCACAUUCAUUUCACUUUCAUUCUGCCGAUGAUGGGGUUAAGAAACUGAUGGAGGAAUUGGUAAAGGUAAUAGAUGGGAAUGUGAAGUAA